CAAAACUGAUCAUCUUAGAACUAACUGCUGGCAGCAAUGGUAUAUAGGGAGUUUUGGUACCUGGAAGUCUAGCUUUUUAUUUUUUACUUGCCGACAGCCAUUGGAUGUAAUUUGAGACUUGGAGCAAUCGGUAUGAUAUGCAUUGCUGUCUUCUCCUGGCAGCACUAGGCUUAAGACGGACACCAACGCUGGACAGGGCACCAGUCUAUUUCAUAACACACUCUCCCAAACAACAAGGCCAUGAAGCGAAUGCGUACUGAGCAGAUCCAACACACAGUUGUUCAGUAUCUCAAAAGACGCCAAUAUGUGGACUCUGAAGGUGCCCUAAAGGGUCCCAAACUCUCGCAGACAACAGAGGAAAUGGCAGCAAACUUAACGGUUCAGACUGAAUCCGGAUGUACCAGUGUUGUAUCUUCUGCACCUUGCCAAGCUGACUCUCAGCAGUAUGAGAUCCAGUUUGGUCGGUUGAAAAGUUUCCUCUCUGAUGCAGACAUACAGUGGAGUCAAGAAGUGAUGUCAGUGCUUUAUCCUAUGUUUGUCUAUCUCCAUCUGGAUAUGGUGCACUGUGGCCUUAAAAGUGCUGUAGACAGCUUUUAUAGCCGAUAUCAUGGAAUGUUUCUAAGUGAUGUAGAUCAGAAAGACAUCGUUGACCAGCUAAGAACAACAUUAACAGUCCAGGAUAUUUCAGCUAACCCUAAACUUCGUGCUUUUCUGGAUAACAAAUAUACCAUUCAUCUCUCAGAUAAAGCCUACAAUUAUCUUCUUCGCUACCUCCAGAGUGACAAUAAUAUUGCACUUUGCAAAAUUCUAGCUUCUUGCAUACAGCUAGAGGUGACAGCUUCUCAAAGAAUUGAUUAUCAACUAUAUGGUUGCAGCACUGUUGGUGCAAUAGGGUCCUCAAGAACUGAAAGCAGCAGCAAUAUAGACACGGGCAAUAUGACUGCAAGCAUUCUACAGAAUGAGGCUGCCCUUGAUUCAUUGCAAGAAUGCAUUAAACGUGUAAAGGAUGGGCCGCCAUCCCUCACAACAAUCUGUUUUUAUGCAUUUCAUAAUACUGACCAACUGCUCAACACUGCUGAAGUUUCGGCCAACAGUAAACUACUUGCAGCCGGCUUUGAUAGCUCAUGUGUCAAAUUGUGGAGUUUACAGGCAAGAAAGCUCAAGGCUGAACCCCAUCAAGUGGAUGUGUCCAGAAUUCAUUUAGCCUGUGACAUUCUUGAUGAUGAGUGUGAUGAUGAAGACGGCACAGGGAGUGAAAUGAAAAUUCUCAGGGGCCACUGUGGACCAGUGUACAGCACUACAUUCCUCACAGACAGCUCUGGACUCAUCUCUUGCUCUGAAGACAGCUCAAUCCGGUAUUGGAACUUGAACACUUUUACUAACACAGCUUUAUAUCAAGGACAUGCAUAUCCAGUAUGGGAUAUUGACAUUAGCCCCUGUAGCCUUUAUUUUGCCAGUGCCUCACAAGACAGAAGUGCAAGACUGUGGACGUUCAGCAGAACUUACCCUUUGCGGAUAUAUGCAGGUCAUUUGGUGGAUGUAGACUGCAUUAAGUUCCAUCCCAACUCUAACUACAUUGCCACUGGGUCAGCUGACAAAACUGUUCGUCUGUGGAGCACUCAACAAGGCAACACAGUAAGACUGUUCACAGGGCAUCAUGGUCCUGUUUUGUCAUUAGCUUUUUCUCCAAAUGGAAAGUACCUGGCAUCUGCCGGGGAAGAUCAGAGGCUAAAACUUUGGGACCUGGCGUCAGGUACACUCUUCAAAGACAUGAGGGGACACACAGAUAGUGUAAUAAGCCUGUCCUUUAGUCCAGACAGCAGCCUUAUUGCUUCAGCCUCCAUGGACAAUUCAGUCAGGGUCUGGGAUAUACGUAAUACAUAUUGCAGCACAUCGGCUGAUGGCUCAUCUGGUGAGCUAGUUGGCAUCUACACAGGACAGACAAGCAGCAUACUGAGUGUACAGUUUAUGGCUUGCAAUUUAUUACUGGUCACUGGAACAGCACAUGAGAACCAGGAGCAGUAAUAAUGCAUUGUUGCAUUCUCAACCACUCUUUUGCCUGCUUUAGGUGGAUUAUAUUUUGCUUGUGUGCUUUUGCUUUUUCAAAAUGAGUCAAAACUGUUUUUGAAAGAGAGGCAACCAUUUCAUGCACAAAACGUUAAAUGUUUCUAAGAAGCAUUGCCACCAAAAAGGAUUUUUCCAGCCCAGUGUUUUACAGCUUUUGACUGCCUGCCAUGUGGAAAUGUACUGAAUUCCUUUAAUUUUCAUUCCUUAUGUUCUAAUAAUCUGUCAAAAAAAAAAAAUGUAAAAAAAAUACGUAAGCAGUUUCUAGCCUUUUAGUGUUUUCCAACACUAGUUGUCCUGCCCUAGAAGCUUUUAGUCCAGAAUAAAUUGUUUUGAAAAUGUUGCAUUGUAUAAAUAGAUAUUAUUUUGUUAUAUUGAGUUUAUUGCAUUCUUGGUAUAUUUUCUGAUAUAAUAUGAAGAUGUUCAUGAAAAAUGUUUCAUACAAAACAAGCAGAACGUCUUGAACCAUUUAUUAAAUGCUUGGUAUUCUUCUGUCACAAGUAGCUUUUUCAUCUAACCAAAAAAAAUAAAGUUAAUUGGAGGAUGAGGUUUGUUUUUUAUGUAUAUAUAACAAAGGAUAGGCAAAUACUUAUUAAAAUGACAAGUAUGAUGAGUAUUUUAAUUAUUAGAAACAGUUACAACAGACAUUGUACAUAAAGAAGUUCACAUUCUAGCCAGGAUUGCACAAAGUUGGAGCCUUUCCCUACAACAAAUGAGUCAAAAGGUAGAAACUGGCUCUGACAGGACACCAAUCCAAUACAGGCAGUUUUCAUUUGAGCAAAAGAUGUAUGAGUUAACUACAUAAACUUUUCUCUCAUUAGUUUAGGUGCCUCUAUGUUAUGGGACAUCAAAGAGUAUAUUUAAGAAUCCAUUACAUAUACAUAAUGUAACCAUUGUUUACAUAUGUGUACUGUAUAGCGAAGUUUAAAAUAACAUGAGUUGAGUUUUAAGCUGUUUUGACUGUAGUACACACAUCCAUAUUCAAUUUAUGCUUAGUUUUUUGGUUUUUUUUUUGUUUUUUUUUGCCAACAUCCACCUGCCUAAUGACUUUUUGUCCAUGAUUGUAACAAACAAAAACGUGUUAUAAAUUUUGGUAUGUUUGGAUGCUUAAUUUUCAUGCUGACAGUGCUGUACAGAAGUUAAUUGGUAAAUAUGAAGCCAUCUGUUCUGAGUGACACUAAAUUGGAGUUAAUCUCUAAAUAUUACCUACUGUUUAUUGAUUUUUUGAAGAGCUAUUGUACUAAUAACAAUAUUUCAAAUGGAUUAAAACACAUGUUGCCAGUAAAGAAAAAAGUUAUGAAGUUAAUUUUUACUUACCGUAUGUUUUUAUUGUUUGUGGUACAACUACCUGUAGUCUAAAAUAACUACGUUUUUGUAUAAGAUUAAAAUAAUAUUUUCUUAAGAGAAAA